AUGCUGAGCGCAAUGGAAGGUGUCCUCCUUUCAGUUUCAACUAGUGAGGCUGUGCUGGGCAUUGUAGGGAACACAUUCAUUGCACUUGUAAACUGCAUGGACUAUAACAGGAACAAGAAGCUCUCUAAUAUUGGCUUUAUUCUCACUGGCUUGGCAAUUUCCAGAAUUUGCCUUGUGUGGAUCUUAAUCACAGAGGCAUACAUAAAAAUAUUCUAUCCACAGUUGCUGUCUCCUGUCAACAUAAUUGAACUCAUCAGUUAUCUAUGGAUAAUUAUCUGUCAAUUGAAUGUCUGGUUUGCCACUAAUCUCAGUAUUUUUUAUUUCCUGAAGAUAGCAAAUUUUUCCCACUACAUAUUUGUCUGGUUAAAAAGAAGAAUUAAUUUAGUUUUUUUCUUCCUGAUAGGGUGCUUGCUUAUCUCAUGGCUAUUUUCUUUCCCAGUUGUUGUGAAGAUGGUUAAAGAUAAUAAAAUGCUGUAUAUAAACACAUCUUGGCAGAUCCACAUGAAGAAAAGUGAGUUAAUCAUUAACUAUGUUUUCACCAAUGGGGGAGUACUUUUAUUUUUUAUGAUAAUGUUAUUUGUAUGUUUUCUGUUAAUCAUUUCACUUUGGAGACAUCGCAGGCAGAUGGAAUCAUAUGAAUUAGGAUUCAGAGAUCUCAACACAGAAGUUCAUGUGAGAACAAUAAAAGUUUUAUUGUCUUUUAUUAUCCUUUUUAUAUUGCAUUUCAUGGGUAUUACCAUCAAUGUAAUUUGUCUGUUAAUCCCAGAAAGCAACUUGUUAUUCAUGUUUGGUUUGACAACUGCAUUCAUCUAUCCCUGCUGCCACUCACUUAUCUUAAUUCUAGCAAACAGUCGGCUGAAGCAGUGCUCUGUAAUGAUACUGCAACUCUUAAAGUGCUGUGAGAAUGGUAAAGAACUCAGAGACACAUGA